GAGAAGGUUCUUUAUUAGAACAUUUUGACGAAAUAAUUGAAGAAGCCAUUACCCGAGGAGAAAUUGCUAUUAUUGAAUAUCCUGACACCAAGGAAAAAUUUUUGGCUAUUCCUAGGACCAAACAAGAAAAUUCCGAAAAAGAAGUAAAAGAAAAUUUGCUCCAAGAACCGAUUGAUUUAGAAUUUCAAUUAUUAGACAAUAGCAAUGAAAUUGUGGAUGGCUUUCAAGUAGAAAAAUAUGUCAUCUUUAAAUUCAACAAGCCAGGAACUCCUCACCUAACAGGAUUAGAGUUUUGGACUAAACGAUUAGCUAAUUUGUUAAGCAAAAUGGAACGGGAUUUGAAAGCUAAUCCUAAGGAAGGAAAAAUGGGAAUUGCCCCUCACCAAAUUAAGGCUGAAUUACAUGAGCCAACUACCGACCAAAGAGCAUUUAUGAUAAGAGAUUUUAAGUUUAUUUGGACUAACAUGGAACGAGCUUACGGAAUAAGACAUGAUACUUUGGAAAAUAAAGAAGAACGAGCCUCUGUGAGUGAAGUUUUUAGUUCUCAAUCUAAUUUUGAUGCUUUGGAGAAAAAGAUUUAUCGAUUAUUAUUAAAGA